AUGAUGGUACCGUCUCGCGGUGGUGGCAUUCAGCAAGUUCGUGCUGUGCCAAGAGGCACUCUGAGGCGUAAUAUCGCAUCUGGCUAUCAGAGUACUCGAAUGCCAUCCAUCAAUCUCAUAAUGAGUGGUGGAAGUGGCGCGAGAAAUAAUGAAACUAUUGGAGGGUCUGGUACCACCAGACAGUUGCCACCACCUGGAAGUCAGUUGAUGUCGGGGGGUGGUGUUGCGCAUUCACGACAAAUACUCUCGAAUGCACCGUCCUCUUCACAAGGUCCCAUCUCGAGACAACUAGCUGCUAUCACAGCUCAAAAUCCUGCAGCUGUAUCGUCAUCAUCGUCAACUGGCCUCUCAUCGUCGCCAUCAAGCAGUCAGUCCACGAACAUCACCACCAGUUAUGUUCGAACCAUACCCGCCUCCCCAACGAUUGUUUCUCAAGGUGAGCGAUUGCUUCAUUGA